UUCAUCCCCUUGGACCCUCCGCCGCCCAAAGAGUCUAUCGAGGAGUCAGAAUGGAUCCCCGAGAUGACCGCCGGCUGGUUCAGCUUGCUCACAUUUAGCUGGCUCAAUCCGCUCAUGAGUUUGGGCUACGCUCGCCCGCUCGAGGCACCCGAUCUGUACAAGCUCCAAGAGCAUCGUUCGUCCUCCAUCAUCGCCGACAAGAUCACGACCUCCUUCGAGGCUCGUGUCAAAGCCGCAGACGAGUAUAAUGCUCGGCUUGCGAGCGGGGAGGUCAAGCCCUCGUUGCGCCAACGCAUGAUAUGGACACUGAAGAGGAAUCGCGCAGAUCGAGAGAAGCGGUGGAGAGAGGUGGAUGGGAAGAAGAAGCCAAGUUUGGUCUACGCCAUGAACGACAGCGUCAAGUGGUGGUUCUGGUCGAGUGGUCUAUUGAAGGUCAUUGGUGAUACCGCGCAGGUGACAAGCCCUCUCGUUGUGAAGGCUUUGAUCAAUUUUGCUACACAAUCGUAUGCCGCACAUCGGUUGGGCCAACCUGCGCCGCCGAUUGGCAAGGGCAUCGGGUUGGCUUUCGGGUUGUUCCUGAUGCAGGUUGUUGGCUCGCUCUGCCAGCAUCACUUCUUCUACAGGAGCGCCUCUACCGGUGUGCUGCUGCGAGCGGGACUGAUCACAGCAAUCUACUCACGCGCACUGAGACUGACGUCGCGUGCACGAUCGUCGCUCCCAAACGGCAAGCUCGUUAACCAUAUUUCGACUGACGUUUCGCGAAUCGACUUCUGCUGCGGCUUCUUCCACAUGUUCUGGACGGCGCCGAUACAGAUGGUCAUUUGCCUUAUUCUGUUGAUCAUCAAUCUCGGGCCCAGCGCCCUUGCAGGCUUUGCGUUUUUCAUCAUCGUCACCCCGAUGCAAAUGACCAUCAUGAAGUCGCUGUUCAAAAUUCGGCGCAAGACUAUGCAGUGGACAGAUAAACGGGCGAAGCUGCUGCAGGAGCUUUUGGGAGGGAUGAAGGUGAUCAAGUUCUUUGCAUGGGAGACUCCGUUCUUGAAGCGCAUCUCCGGGUUCCGCAUGUCAGAAAUGAGUGGUGUGCGAUCCUUGCUCAUCAUUCGUGCGGCGAACACGGCUCUGGCGAUGUCGGCCCCAGCGAUGGCAUCGGUCAUUGCUUUCUUGAUUUACGCAGCGUCAGGACAUACUCUGAAUCCCGCCAUCAUCUUCUCGUCACUAUCUCUUUUUAAUCUCCUUCGUAUGCCUUUAAUGCUUUUCCCCGUAUCCGUCAGCACCAUUGCUGAUGCACGGAACGCCGUCGAACGUCUUCACGGCGUUUUUGUCGCGGAGCUAGUGACCGAGAAUCUAAUCACCGACCCGACACUCGACUGCGCCGUUGAGGCUAAGAACGCGUCUUUCACUUGGGACAGCGCUCCUCAGGAUCUUCCCCAGGGUCUUAAGAAAGCGAAAAUUUCCCGACGACGUACCGCGGCCCCAGCUCCUGCUCCCGACGCUCCAAAGGAAGUUGCACCGGAAAAGCUGUUCAAGAUCGACAACCUUGACCUCGUGAUCCCGCGAGGGCAGCUCAUCGCGAUCGUCGGGCCGGUUGGCGCGGGCAAGACGUCGAUGCUGCAGGGCUUGAUUGGCGAAAUGCGCAAGACAGAGGGGAGCGUCAAGUUUGGUGGGUCUGUCGCGUACUGUUCGCAGAGCGCGUGGAUUCAGAACGCGACGAUCCGCGAGAAUAUAUGUUUUGGGCGGCCGUUUGAGACAGAGCGGUAUUGGAAGGCGGUGCACGAUGCGUGUUUGGACGCGGAUCUGGAUAUGUUGCCGAAUGGCGAUUUGACAGAGGUUGGAGAAAAGGGUAUUUCACUUUCGGGAGGACAGAAGCAGCGAUUGAAUAUAUGUCGUGCCAUCUAUUCUGCCACGGACAUCCAAAUUUUCGAUGACCCACUGUCAGCGCUUGAUGCCCAUGUCGGCGAGUCUGUGUUCAAGAAUGUCCUGCUCAAUGGCACGGCCGGCACCACCCGCGUGCUCGUGACGCACGCACUCCAUUUCCUUCCUCAAGUCGACUAUAUCUACACCAUGAUCGAUGGUCGCAUUGCCGAGUGGGGGACGCACGCGGAGCUCAUGGCGAAUGACGGCGCAUUUGCGAAGUUCAUCAACGAGUUUGUCACGAAGGACGAAGGGAACGAGAAGCAGAGCGAGGGUGUGGACGAAGAAGACGAAGACGAAGACGAAGACGAGCAGAAGAAGAGGCGGGGAGCAGUGAAGGGGGCGCAGCUUAUGCAGCAAGAGGAGCGGAGCACUGGCGCGGUUAGUUGGGAGGUGUAUAAGGCCUAUGCGAAGGCGGGGAAUGGAGCGAUUUUAUUGCCAUUGCUCGGGGUCUCGCUUGUUCUUAUGCAGGCUGCGACGGUUCUAUCAUCGUAUUGGCUCGUGUGGUGGCAGGAUAAGCAGUGGCCAAGACCUCAAGGCUUCUAUAUGGGCAUAUAUGCAACGCUUGGUGUUGCGCAAGCCCUCACGGCCUUCAUCAUGGGUAUAAUAUUUGCCUAUGUUAUUUACUCUGCCUCCAAUCGGCUUCACAGGGAUGCCAUCAACCGCGUCAUGCACGCCCCCAUGUCGUUCUUCGAGACUACGCCGGUAGGGCGCAUCAUGAAUCGCUUUUCGAAGGAUAUCGACACCAUUGACAACAUCCUGGCCGACUCGUACCGCAUGUUCCUCAGUACUCUGUCCACCAUAAUCGGCGCUGUCAUCUUGAUUGCCAUCGUGCUCCCGUGGUUCCUCAUUGCUGUGGCCGUCGUGUUCGUCUUGUAUGCUACUGCGGCUGCGUUCUAUCGUGCAAGUGCAAGAGAAAUCAAGGUCAAUGCCCUAUUACGAUCUUCGCUGUAUUCUCAUUUCUCUGAGUCUCUGUCUGGCCUAGCGACCAUCAGGGCAUAUGGCGAAUCAGAGCGGUUCUUCCAGGAGAACAGAGAGCGUGUCGAUGUCGAGAACAGGGCAUACUGGAUCACCGUAACUAACCAGAGAUGGCUCGGUAUUCGGUUGGAUUUCUUUGGAACGAUAUUGACCCUUGUCGUUGCUCUUCUCACCGUGGGCACGCGGUUCAGCAUCUCGCCUGCUCAGACUGGUGUCGUCCUCACAUACAUCCUCUCCGUUCAACAGGCGUUUGGCUGGAUGGUCCGACAAUUGGCUGAGGUCGAGAACGACAUGAAUUCGGUCGAGCGAGUUGUCCACUAUGCCAAGAAGAUUGAGCAGGAGCCUCCGCAUGAGAUCGCCGACCAGACACCCCAAGCACCAUGGCCCGGCGUUGGACAGCUGGAGCUGAAGGACAUUGUUCUGAAGUAUCGCCCCGAGCUUCCGCCCGUUCUCAAGGGUAUCUCGAUGUCUGUUCAGGGAGGCGAGAAGAUAGGUAUUGUCGGACGUACUGGAGCUGGGAAAUCCUCCAUCAUGACGGCGCUGUUCAGGAUCGUCGAGUUGACGUCUGGCUCAAUGAUCAUUGACGGAGUAGAUAUUUCCAAGAUUGGUCUCACGGAUGUCCGUAGCGGGCUUGCAAUUAUUCCCCAGGACGCUGUAAUCUCCGGCACUCUACGUAGUAACCUUGACCCCUUCGGUCUGCAUGAUGACGCGCGCCUUUGGGACGCUCUCAAGCGAUCGUAUCUUGUCGAGCAGACGAAGCCCGGGUCUAUCACCGUGGAUGGCAUUGAUCCUGAAGACGAUCUGCCCACGGGUGCGAGCACACCGACGGGACGGCGGUUCACACUCGAUAGCCCGAUCGACGAUGAAGGCGGAAACCUUUCGAUAGGCCAGCGAUCACUCGUGUCGCUCGCUCGCGCGCUUGUCAAGGACAGCCGCAUACUCAUCCUCGACGAGGCUACUGCGUCCGUCGAUUACGAGACCGACAAAAAGAUCCAAGACACGAUCGCCACAGAGUUCCGCGACCGGACGAUUCUGUGCAUCGCUCAUCGCCUGCGCACCAUCAUUUCCUACGAUCGCAUCUGCGUCCUCGAUGCCGGACAGAUCGCGGAGAUGGACACCCCUGUCAAUCUGUACCACAACGACGGGAUCUUCCGCGGGAUGUGCGAGCGGUCGAGCAUCUCGCUGGAGGAUAUCAAGAAGGCUGCGAAGGAGCGUGAAGUGCGGGAUGACGAGGAUGCAUGAUUCACGUGGGGCGUCGAUUUUUUUUUCUUUCUGGUUCGUGCAGAUGGUGUUUUUAAUGAUUUUCACGCGGUGAGACGAUUAGACACGGUAGCCUAAUGUGAUACGAUAUGUGAUACGA